AUGCAAUCGAAUAAUAAAGAAGCUCAAAUACUCUUAGCUAUCGAAGCUAUUCGAAAUGAUAAAAAAUUAAGCAUUCGGAAGGUUGCAAAGCUAUAUAAUAUAUCGUAUACAACACUUAUCUGCAGAAUGAAUGGUUUAACCCCUCGUAUGGAAUUUCGACCAAAAAGCCAUAAUUUGACUGAUUUGGAAGAGGAAGUACUUAUUCAAUAUAUACUCGAUAUGGAUGAGAGAGGAUUUAGUCCUCGAAUAAGUGAUGUGGAAGAUAUGACGAAUUAUAUACUCGAAACACAGGGUGUGAAGAAGGUUGGAAAGCUCUGGGCUCAUCGCUUUGUGAAACGAUAUACAGAAUUAAAGACGCGUUUUAAUCGCGUUUAUGACUUUCAAAGAGCUCUCUGCAAAGAUUCAGAGCUUAUUGAAAGAUGGUUUCGAUUGGUAUCGAAUAUGCGGGCCAAAUAUGUAGUUGCUAAAGCUGAUCGAUGUGGAAGAAGCAAAGCUAUACAACCAGGCAAUCGGGAAUGGGCUACAGCGAUUAUUUGUGUUGGUGGAGAAGGUCACAAUAUACCUCCGUUUUUGAUAGUAAAAGGCGAAUACCACCUCUCAAAUUGGUAUACCGAAGGCGAUUUACCAUACGAUUGA